AUGAUUUUAACGAUUUUCGUUUUUCUUUUUCGAGCCGGGUCUUGUAUCAAAUGCGAGUGUUUGUCUAAUACGUUUACGAGCGAGUCUUCCGGAAAAAUAGUGAUCAACACAACUCACAAUUCCUGUCCUUACACCCCUGCCAGUAGUUCCGAUGAUCCUCACGACGAAAACAGAAUCACUUCGUUUUUCGACGAAGAAACAAAAAAAUAUUUUUGCGAAGUCAAUGACGGAUUCUGCUUUGAAAAGUCGCAUUGGAGGCCGAUAAACAGAACCCUCGAUGAAAAUGGAUAUCCUUGCCACGAGAGAAACUGCUCUGUCCAGCUUUACUCCGUCAAGGGCUGCGCGAAGAGGGAGACAGAAAAUGAUGGAUACGAGCAUAUGUGCAGCGGAAAAUACGGCGAAGAUUUAAAACGAAAAGACGGGUCUUUUCUCCUCAAACGCGAUUUCGAAAUGACCGGGAUCGCCCAUGUGCCCCUUGCUUCUUACUGCGACCCUAUCUGCACCGGACUUGACUGGAACCAAGACAAUAGUAAAAUAAGAAAUCAUCAAUGCUCGGAAGAACGAAAUAUUUGCUCCUUCUCGAGGAUUUUCUGCUGCGAAGAGGAUUUGUGCAACACGGAAGAAAGAAAACGGGAACUUUAUUUUGGAAAGACAUUUCAUCAGUGGCAAGACCGAAGCUGA